GGUCCCGUUUUUGCUGAGUGUUCUUCCGGCUUACAUGUUGGAAAAAAAGAAAAGACGAAUGGAAAAAAUUGUAAUCUACAAAGCGAAUAUUGGCUUGUAACUCCGCAAUACGGUAACAUCUGCUACUCUUUGGAAACGUUUCGCACGUGUAGCUCUGUGAAGUUCAUACCGUUGUACUUUUUAGAUUUUCCGGGAUUUAGCACGAAAAGCAGGCGGUACCAGGGUUGGGAGAUACAGCGUUAGCAUUGUGCUAGCUAAGAUAGCUUGCUAACAAGAUAGCAUUUUUAGUUUUGAGUCUGCUGGACCAAAACGAGGGAGCAUAAAGAGGAUUUUCUUUCUGAACAGGAAUCGCGUUUGGCCAUCUUUAUAGAGGGUGUCGAAAAGUCUUCCAUGUACCCGCACGUUUAGUUGAAAUCUUUCAAUCCGUUGCUGUUGUCGAGCAGUUCUGCCAUAUAAUUAACCAUGUAUAAGCAGAUUAAUACCUUUAGAAAUACAUAGAUUUCUCAAAUUAGAGCACUGUGCGAUGUCUUUUGACGCAUUCCGGUUGCACGAAUGUUAAAGACUGUCUCCAUGCUUCAUGGUUUGAUGGUAUGAAUUCCGCAGCGCUGUGUUAGCCUGUUUAUUUCUCCGCGCUCACUAUUACUACCUCACUUUAAAUGACGCACAUGUUAAACAUUAUGAACGCAACCGUAAAGUCACUUCACAUCAUUAAGAUACAACCUGUAUGUGUGGCUCUGUUAUAAACGGUUCUAAAUGUACAUUUCUUGAUAAUCCUCCAGGUCACAAACGGUUAAAAAUGAGCUCUCAACAGUUUCCCCGACACGGGCUCCCAGCCUCUGGUGGGGGAGCGCCUCAGAUUCCUGCAGCUGCUAACCUGGUGUCUGUCAACCAGCCGUCAAAUCCACCAGGUAACUCCACACUAGCUUACUUCGUGUAUGCUUGACUCAGGGACUCUUCAGUCUCUCUGUCCAUAUGACUGUACAGCUCCUCUUAUCGAAGACAGGGGGUGGUAAACAAUAAGCAUCCAACUGCCAAGUUAAUACUGGUGGAGUAUUUCCACUGUCAAUUUGUCUUAGCGAGAUCACUUUCGUUUUUGCAUCUUAAAAAGACAAAAUUAAAAGAGUGCUUAUAUAUCCUACUCAAGUAAAAGUGAAUUUAAAAUUUUACAAAUGUUGAAGUAAAACUACUCUCUUUGAAUCUCUUCAGGAAACAGUAAAAAGGUCACUUUUAGUAUUUGUUUAUCCUCAUGCAAGGGGUUGGGAAGUGAGGUGGUUAAAAAUACGACCCUCACAUUGUGUAAAAUAUCUCUUUGGAUUUUAUUAGAGCUUUGAUUGAUAUGAGUAUCACUUGAAUUACCGGUUAUACUUGUCGUAAAUUGUAUCAUUCUCAUAACAACACUAUUUUAAAUCAUUUAUGUGAUAAAAGUGUUAUUGUUUUAUCAACUAGUGCCAAUCUUCAUGACACCAGCAUUGCCACCCCUCCUGCAGCUUAUUGGUUGCACGCAAACAGUAUCCAGUCAAUACAUGGUGUGUCUGUGGUUGAAUGGUGUGGAGAGAAGCUUGUCUUACAGUUCUAUCAUGUGUUACAGAACAGCAAAAUGAGACGAAAAAGGACCAGCUCUCAAACAGGAUCUAGCUCUUAGAGCUGAGUCAUUCACAUGAGACACAUCGCAACUUCCUUAGCUUAUUAUUGAAGAAUAACCAACAAGAAACCAUUAUUAUCAGGGGAUUUUUUUUACUCAGCACCUAUCCAGGUUGAAGUGUUUUUUUUCUUGGUAAUGCAUUUUAAGACUGUCCCCAACAUUGAAUCACAGCCUGUUGUGCUAAGAGGCCAGUGAAAAUUGUGUAGCUUGCACUGAAGAGAAUCAGGUUGUAGCCCACAGCGUUGCUUGCAUAAAAAAAUAAAAAAAGUGUUGAUUUUGUAAAAGCAAUGAUUUGCUGACUGGUCUCUGACCCCGGAAUGAGAAGUCUCAGACUAUAGGUCUAGCUUUACCAAAAUCUGGGAUACAACUGCAAGCAUACAUACUCUGUGUAAGACAUUAUCCAGUCAGUUGGCUGUCAUGCUGUUGAUAGAAAGCUUAUAUUUGCACUGCUUUUCAUUUAUUUAUUUAUUUCUCAGAAUGAGUGCAGCAUAAAAUGGAGGGAAAUACAAUUUACCCCCCCCCCCACACACACACACACACACAAUACUUAGAUAAACACUCAUCAUUCAGUACAUCUAGAAAUAAAGUAAGAUGACUCCAAACAGCAAUAACCAAAGUAUUUUUCUUCAGUAGGUGGAGAGGCAGACAGUUCUCGAGAUGCUGAGCACAGCCAACAGGAUCAUCCACCUGCUGGGGGAGGGGGAACCUUGGCAUUUAGAGAUGACAAGCAGGAGACCAUGGUGGUCCGACCUUAUCCACAAGUGCAGACUCACGGCCAGUCACAAGCUACUCCCCAAACUGUACCCAUCCAACCCGGCACACCUGUGACUGUACCUGCACCCCCAGUCCACCUCACACAGGGGCAGCCUGCAGUCCUCACUGAGGGGCAGAUGAAGGUGAGGAUUGCUGUCACACUUUUUUUUUUGCAGAAAAAGAGGGAACAAUUAUUGUGCAUUUUUAAUCAUCUGUCUGAGUUUUGAACUAAAAAAAUCAUCUCUACAAAUAAAAUGUAGUCUGUGAUAAAAAUUAAGAUUGGACUGUUGUUGAGUGAGGCUCAGUUACAGCUGGUUUAAGAUAAGUUAUUUUUCUGAAGUUAGAAGUUCAGAUGCUGUCAGAUUUUGGGGUUAAAAGUUCAGUGUGGAGAAUUUAGUGUCUUUCAUUAGAACAGAUUUGUUAGAAAUAAGUCAUCUUUAGAAUAACAUAUCCAUACUUGUGUUUAAAUUAGAGCAUAAUCACUUGAACAUAGAGAUCAGCAGUUUGUUUUAAACCUAGAAUGAGCCUUAAACAUCUAUGUAAAUGUGGAUCCUUUUCUGAAAGUACAGCUCAGACAGACAUGUAUUUAGUGAUUGGUUGUGGGAUGUGCAUUGGUUGGAAGAAAAGAAGAAAAGACUGGUUGCCCUCUCAAAAGUCUUGACAGUCUUAAUGCACAGAACUAUGAGGUAGCAUAUUAUGAGUACAUUAUUGGCUUUCAUUGGCAGAAAAGCAGCUUUGGAGUUCCUACAAUUUAACUCAAUAUAGAGGGAUUACCUUUGUAACUCUUAAAAAAAUUUGAUUGAAUACUCCGGUAUUCUUGACCAAUAUUUUUUAUUCCAAUAUUAGAUCUUGGGAGUAAGUGGGGAUACUGUCGAUCUGCAACACUGUCAUCUUUCAUUUGCUUACUAAUAUUUCACAAUGUUUUACAGCGACAUGUUUGUGUCAACAGUUUCCUCCUUUGUCUGACAUUCAUUUGAAAACCUUUCAAGACUAAAACAAGAUUGCAAAUCUAUAAAUAUAUAAAUUGCUCUUUUUAGGCUGUCCUAAAGUCCCCUAUGCCGAGUCGUCUUAUUGCCCCUGCACCAGCCAACCAGGCCCAUAUUCCCAUACCCCCCAAGGUGCCUGGUCACAUUACUGUUACCAUAGAGAGCAGUAUUGCCCCGACUCCUUCUAUUCCUGUGGCAACCAUCAGUGGUCAGCAGGUGAGUGCACUGCAACACUAACUGUUACAAGAUAUUUUUGUCUCUUUCGACUGAUUACUAAAGACCUGGGCUGUUUUUUUCUUCCUGCAUUUCAGGGACACUCCAGUAACUUGCAUCACCUGAUGCAGGCGAAUAUUCAGAUCAUUAGAGGUAGUGCCCCACUACAGAUUGGUACCCCUGCUGUCCCUCCACAGACCUUCACAUCCCAUUUACCCAGAGGUAUGCAUGGUAUAACUGAAUGCCAGGCCUGAUGUAAUGUUUUGGUUUUUGAAGGUCUGUUUGCCAUACAUUGGCAGUGAUAGUUUUCUCAUCACCGGUCUUUUCUGUCUUCUCGUAGGGGCUGCUGCUGCUGCGGUAAUGUCCAGCUCAAAAACUGUCCUUCGACCAGCAACUGGAGCAAGUGCAGGUCCUGGCCAGCCCACAGUGCAGCACAUCAUCCACCAGACCAUUCAGGUACAGCUCUGAUGCUUCAAAAAACGUGUGAAUUGUUCCGGACAUUUGAAUAACAUGAGGUUUUACUGUGUUCUGUCAUUUUGUCCACAGUCCCGCCCAGCAGUAACAACAUCUACAGCUGUGCUCCCAACUGUAGUGGCUCCCAUUUCAGCAACGAGAACUCAGUCCCCUGUAAUCAGCCCUACAGUCACACACUCAGCAGAGGUGGCACAUGGGUAAGAAACUUUUUUCAGACUGAUACACCAAGCGGAGGGGGUGGAUUCCAUUGUAGGCGUGGUUACAUAUAGUGCGGAGGACACUUGUUACAAUUUAAGUCAUCUGAAAGUGAGGUGCAUUGUAAACACCAGUGCAACCAUGUACCAUAAAAUCAAGGGACAGGUAUAAUAUCAUGUAAUGGGUGGUUACCCUGAAGAUAGUGCCCCAAGGAGCACGCCACUGCCUCAGUUUGCAAAGCAUGCUGGAUACACAGUGAGGUGGACCAGUCUAAAACAGUCUAGUAGCACCACUUUACAACUCUUUUCUCCCUCACAGAUUUCUUUCUUUAAGGGAAUAAUUCUUUUAGAUGUCUCACUGUUGACCAGAGCCUUUAAGUAUGCAUUUGCACAAAGACUGUUAAACUGUUUGUUUCAGCUUAGAGUAAAACUGAAGACAUUCAGUGUUAUCCAAGAGGGGAAAUUAUAGAAUCACUGUUGUUGCUUUAUUUGCCAUCAGUCAUACCUGAAGUACCUCCUCUGAUAGGUACAGGCAGGUAGAAAAGCACCCAUAGAUGCUCUUUGUGUAGUCUCUUGUGGAAGAUGCACAGAAGAUGACAGGGUAUUGAACAAGAACAUCUUUUUUUUAUGUAUUCUCAUAGUAAUACAGCUGCUAUGUGAAGGGAAAAAAUUUAGCUAUGCCUGAACUUCCUGCAGCAACGAGUAACGACAAAGAUCGUGGACAAAUUAACUUUCCAUAAAGACUUAACACGGUUUGCAACAUUUUUGAUUCGUCGCCUUUCCAACAAAGUAGUGCCUGUUUGUGACCAAAGGUAAAGCCUCAGACUGCCUUAGCAGUUGUUUUUCUGCCCCAUGUUGUUUCAUCCAUACACUUUUCUCAUGGUCUGAUGGGGCAAAUAGAACAAAGUAAUAAAGCAACAAAUAAAAGCUGUCAUUUGGAUGAAUAAUGUUCAUGGAGAUGGCUGCAGUGUGCAUUUCUUUUGCAUGUGUGUCAGAUGCAUUGACCAGAUCUGACACACUGAAAGGUUGGUUCUUCUUUCAGGCGUCCAGGUCUUACCAUUCAUCCCCCUCCUGCCACCGUUAGUAUUCAAAGGCCUCAACCAUCCCGUGACACUGCCACACGGAUCACGCUGCCAUCUCACCCAGCAAUCGGGGCUCAGAAACCUCAGCCUCCACACACCAUGACACAGGUUAGUGCUCCCUGAUGGCUGCCCCUAAUAGUACUAAACAGCAUUUUUUUAUUUUCAGAAUCAUGAUUUCAUUGUUUGUUUGAUUCUGUUUCCUCCACAGAAGCCAAUCUUUAGUUCUGUGGCACCAGUAGCUGCAGCGACUGUGGCACCAAUUGUUGCCACGAACACUGUGCCAUCAACCACAACAAUCGGUAUUUACUUUGAACCCUUGAUUUCUAUCUUUCUUGUCACAGAUCUUCAUAAUCUUUGAGUCACGGCACAAAAAUCAUAUUCAUAUCAGGUAGUUCAUUUCACUCGAAUGUUGAUCAAACCUCUAUCUCCCUGUCCAGGCACAGUACCGCACACACAAAUGACCAACAGCACUAUUGUUACCAUGACGAUGGCCUCACACUCCUCGCAUGCCACAGCAGUAACCACCUCCGCCAUCCCUGUUGGUAGGUGAAAGAUAUUAGCCUGAGCCACAUCAGCUCAAAGUGAGUUUUCAGACAUCUUGUUCUGACCCUUUCCUUAAUGCUGGUCACAGCCAAGGUGGUCCCUCAGCCAAUUGCCCACUCCUCACCCCGGGUGCAGCCAGACUACCCAGGAGAGAGAGCCAACCUCAUCCCAAUCCCUGGCCAUCGGUCAUCUCCUAACCCAGUCACCAUGGAGGCGAGAAGUGAUAACAGGUAAGUUCAUACUGCUUGUAAAAUGAAUUUGACUUAUGGGGUGUUCCCAACCAGGGGUCUGGUUUAGCACGGUACAGUACGUUGAUAAUUACUUACCCAAAUAACCAACCUGCACAGCCCUAAUCUUUGGUUCACUUCUAUUGAUGAAAAAAAGAUAAUGAACCUAAACUGCAAUCAUUGAGGGGGAGAGAGCACGUGAAAUCACAUCUCUCCUAACUUCAUUUUAUUUGAUCAGUGCAGAUCCUCGCUUCUCUGUCUCUCUUUACUCUUAUUCAGCUGUAGCCAACAUGUAUAUGGGUGCUUUAUUCACACAAAGACACCAGCUGUGAAAGGGGCACAGAAAUUGCUGCAAAGGGAGAGAAGGACCAUGAAAGACGAAAUAUUUUCUUUAACCUGCUAACAUAGCUAACCCACAGACAAUGUGACUAAUAAGUUUUAAUUCCAGAGACAGUUCACCUUAAGCUUGACUAAAGAGCAGUGCAUGUUAUUUCGUACAUCCAACAACUGUCCUGGACACACCUUCAGGGUAUAAGCGUUGCAGUACAUGUAAGCUGUGCUGAUAAACAAUGACAAGAUCGACUUCAUGUUGACUUGUGGAAAGUAUUUUGUGGCUACAACAAACAAAGAAAUCAAGAUACACUAAAAAAUGUAAUGGGAGUGUGUACAUCUCAGAUGGUCCUUCAUCAAAACUAUAUUUUCUGUCUUUGUAAGGCCCUCUGUGCCAGUGCAGUUCCAGUAUUUCCUGCCGGCGUACUCCUCGUCAUACCCUCUGACACACACCUACACCCCCAUCAGCAGCUCUGUGUCUACCAUCCGCCAGUAUCCUGGUAAGUGCUGUUUUCUUGUGGUUGUCAUAACGAACGGAUUCAGUGACUGUUGUGUUGUAUGUAACUAUUCUUUUUGUAAAUCUGCCAAUUGUGCGGUUUAUCUAAAGUAGAAAAGCAAAAAGGACAAAUGUAUACACGCAUUAAAGAAGCUUAAGUUUAUCCACACAAUGUGAAUCGUGACACUAGAGUUCAACAAAGUGAUUUGAGUAUAAAUAUCUAAUUGUAUCUCUGUUUUUGCUCAAAGUCACUCCUCAAGCUCCAAGUUCAGCUUUGCCAACCCAGGCUGGAGUCGGCGUGGCAACCACCGUCCACCUAAACCACAUGCAGCUGAUGGCAGUGGAUCGAAUUGGUCUCCCGUCCGCACAAAUCAGCACCCAAGGGAUCCAGCCUGCACCAAUUGCUGCACAGGGCAUCCAGCCUGCACCAAUAGGAGUGCAGGGUCUGCACACGUCUGCACCUAUCACCACGCAGGGCAUACAGCAGACACCCAUUGUCACUCAGCAGCAGCAACAGCAGCAACAGUCACAGUCUGAAGCAAAACCUGGUAAUUACAGACCUCCACUUCUCAGUAAAUGAAUGUGAAGCCUGUUGGUUAAAGACACUGGGCAGUUUGUGAUGCUUAUUUUCUGUUCUCAGGGGUUGUUCUGGCUGAUGGCUUUGUAGCAGGCCCCAUCAGCACCACAUUCAGCACCACCCAGCCAGUAGCCAACAUGGUGCAGGCUCACACCCAGGGAGGAGUAGGAGGAGCUCCCACUCUGGUCUCAUCCCCAAGACCCAGCAUCCUCCGCAAGAAGCCAGCCAAUGAAAGGUGAAUAUAUGAACAGCAGUGAAGACAGUGGGCCUCAUGUAAAAAUGCUGUUUAGACUGACCUCUGAAAUUUUGCUCUUAUCUGUGAUUUGAGCUUGGAUGAACCCUAACCCUUAACCUUAACCCUCUAAACUCAACCUGAACUCUGAACUCUAGGGUUAGGGUUAGAGGGUUCGAGUUAGUGUAGACUUAGGGUAAGGGUAUAGGGUUAGGUUAGAAAAUCUGUCUCUAUGACUUUUUCCAUCAACUUGGCAGUUAGGGUUAGGUUUAGGGUGAGGUUUAGGGUGAGGUUGGGGUUAGGAAAAAGGAAAACAAACUCGGGAAUGAAUUCCAAAAAAAAAAGAAUUUUAAUGACCAUGGCCAGAUUUAAUGGAGAACAGAAGUCACAGUAACUGCCUCUCAUUUAACCCCAAUGUGGACAUAAUUAUUCUUUCAAGGCCAAAAUCUGCAAAAAAAGGAAGCAAAGCAUAAUGGGUAACAAGAAAAACACACAAAAUAUCCAUAUUAACCAGUUUGCCGGAUCUCUUUGUCAAAUCGCAACCCUGAUUUUAGACUUAACCUGAAGCUGAGUUGACUUAUUAAAGUACUCUCCUACGUGGUGCAUCACUAGCAUACAGCAGGUUUUAAUGUUGAAAUAUGAUGCUUGCCUUUGACUGACACUAAACCUGCUUGUUUGUAUUCCUCAGUUGUGUUCGUAAGAACCUGAUCCCUGCCCAGCCCAGUGAAGCAGGUGGAGGCAGAAUUGAGAGUGGUGUGAGAGGAGCAGGAUCUCCCCGACCUGCAGGGUGAGUGGCUGUCACAUUAACCACAUCAGUCAGAGUCACAUCCUGUCAUGAUGAGUACUGAUAUUAAUCCUGACCUUACCUGAUUCCUCUCUCAGUGUGAAACCUAAAGCUGAGGUGCACAUGGCAGUGGCCCCUCCUGUCAUGGCUGCAGUGGAAGCGCUGCCCUCUCAGGGAGGAGAGCAGCAGUCCAUGUCCACAAAUGCCCAACACCUCACCCAAGCAAUCCCCACCAUGCUUGCCACGCCCGGACCUGUACCCCCCUCCCAGCCCUCCACUGUCCUCUCAGCCCUGCCAGCAGCCAUGGCUGUGACUCCCCCUGUUCCUGCCUCGAUGGCCAACACUGUGGCAUCCCCCACCCAGCCUGCAGCCAGCAGCACUGCAGCCUGCGCUGCCAGCUCCACCUGCCCAGACAUGAAAAUCAAACAGGAGGUGGAGAGCAUGGACACAACUCAGCCAGGUGAGGAGCAGUCAGAGCUGAGUGAGACAACAGAAUAAAAUGUUCAUGAAACAAAAAUGAAAUACAAACACACAUAAACAAUGAGUUUAUUUUUCCCUUAGAUCCAAAUGCAAACUUGACAUCAGCCCCAGUCCUCAACGCCCCGGGUUCUACUCUAAGUACUCCUGCCCCAGGAGAGCUGAUCUCCGGAGCCUCACCAAGAAAAAAGCCCCGAAAGCAGCAGCAUGUUAUUUCUACAGAAGAGAGUGAGAUGGUUGAGACCAACAGCACAGACGAAGAGAAAGCUCCAGGACGGCCCAUCACAGGCAGAGCAGAGAGACGAGAGUCUCCACCACGGGAAUAUGUUGGUAUGUUAGUGUGGCAGCGGUAGGCCUUUGAAGCUAGUUUGUAGAUGUUGGUCAUGUGUAACUGGGACUUAUUUUAGCUCUGUAACUCAAAAAAAUAAACUUUUCUUCGUCCAACAGAUGAAGAAGGAGUACGUUAUGUACCAGUCAGGCCCCGCCCUCCUGUCACUCUUCUUCGACACUACAGGAACCCCUGGAAAGCCGCUUACCAUCACUUCCAGAGAUACAGUGACAUCCGGGUGAAAGGUCAGUAGUCUGUGGAAUAAAGGAGACAACACAGGAGUCCAGUCUUCACUUGCUUCUUGUAGAAUUUAGGUUAUGCAUUUUAAGGUCCUCCUCAUUCUGGCACUAAACCCUUUAGAAGUUAAUUUGCUCACAUCCCUGUCAAGAGUUUGCCUUAAAGAGCACCGAUUGCAGCUGAUUUUGGUGAAUCACCGAAAAUGUUAACAGAGCAAAUCACAUUUGAAACGAUGAUACAUCAAACAGCAAUAACAGUAGAAAACAAAGCUUGGAUACAGAAGAAAGGCUGUGUUAUAUAUAACUCAAAAAGAUCAGAGAAUGAUCUCUUAGCUUGUAACUGGCUGUGCGAUUUGCUCCUUUUUUUAUUUUGCACUCACAUCUUCAAUACAUGGUUUUAAAUUUUGCAUCUUAUUAAACGGGUUGCCGUUUUUUCUUCCUAUUAUGGUACUGUUUCGUUAUCUCUGUGUUUAAAUUAUUUUCAUGUGGAGCUUUUCUUAGAUAUUUUUUAACCCAACAGCAGUCUAAUCAGCAUUUUUUUUUAAUCAGCAAGACUUUGCUUUCCCCAAAUUCAAGAAGAAUGUAUUUGUCGCUUUUAUGCAGCUAAUAUGAACGAAUGAUUGUGGCUUUUCUGUCUUCUAACCAUCCUUCGCUUUUCCACCACAGAGGAGAAGAAGGGCACCUUGCAGGAUGUGGCCAAUCAGAGAGGAGUGGCCUGCAGAGCACAGGGCUGGAAAAUCCACCUGUGUGCAGCACAGCUCCGGCAGCUAGUGAGUGCUGACCACUGACCAUGUCGUAUUAUUUACCUGAAUAACUUCUCCAGUGUUCCGUGACCUAGAUAACAGUCGAGUUUGGUUUGUGCUUCAAGGAGUAGAGAAGCUCUUCCUUGAGCUCAGCACACACACACACACACACACACACACACACACACACGCACACACACACACACACACACACACACACACACACACACACACACGCACACUGCUUGAAAUAAAAAUAUCAAACUGUUAUGACCCCAAUAAUCAACCAAAACAAGGUGACACAUGAAUACAUACAUGAAUACAAUUGUAACUUAAUGAAGACUGGAAUCUAAAAUCACAUUUAAUUCUACCUUUCAGUCAUGUGCUUGGGGGGAAACCCUCCUGUGCCAGUCCCCUUUUGUUCUUUUACUGACUCUGCUUCAUUGUGUCUGUUACUUGAACCUGCAGUCAAGCUUGGAGCACGAUGUGUACAGCCGCCUCUCUACCCUACAAGAGGGUCUGAUUCCCAAAAAGAGAGCCGGAGCCGAUGAUGACCUUCACCGAAUCAACGAGCUUAUACAGGUAAGGUUUUUUACCAUCUUAACAAUCUGAAUAUCUGUGCUUUUUAAGUAUGAUUCAAGUGGAAGUGGUGAUAAAAAUGAGACCUUUUGACAAGGGGUUAAUUCUAGAUAGUUCUUAUUAAAAACAAAUGUUCUGGGCCCAUUUGUCCAGUAGUUUUUAUAUAUAUAGGAUAGAGAUACGCAUUGCUAAUAGUUUUUGCGUUGUUUGUGUUCUUGUUAUGCUGUGUGUGUCCACAGGGUAACAUGCAGCGCUGUAAAUUGGUGAUGGACCAGGUGACUGAGGCCAGAGACACCAUGAUGAAAGUGCUCGACCACAAAGACAAAGUGUUGAAGCUGCUCAACAAGAACGGUGCCGUCAAAAAAUCCUCCAAACUGAAGCGUAAAGAGCGAGCAUAAACGCCUUCUCUGUAAACGAACAUGGCCGCUGUCUCCUCUCUGAAGGGGUGAAGGAGCUGCUCAGAAUUUGGUGCUAUGAUUUGCUAUAAACAAUCGCAAGCACCCUCCCUGUCCGCCUGAGAGCGGGCAGAGAGAAGUGACAGGGAGGGCCUUAAGACGCAGGAAAGCUCAUCAGGAACAGGUUCUCAUUCAAGGCCCUCGCACAUUUAGUGCUUGGAGCAUCACAGGUUGCAUUUGAGUGGCUAAGUGGACAGCUCUGUUACUGUUUCCCUUUUUUUUGUUAUUUUUGGAAGAGACCAUUUUUACUAACUUCAGUUCUGCUUCUUUUCAAAAAAAUUUCAAUCUAGCCCCAUUGUGUAUAUUUGAUUUUUGGCACUAAAUGUGGGUGCAGUAAAUCGCUGUUGGCGAUGAAAGUAUUUCAGUUAAAUAUCAAAGGACUAGAGAGUAUUUGAAAGAGGAAAAGAUCCUUACAGAGGUUCUGUAGUAAGCUGUGUAACUAAUAUCAAGUGUCCUCUUUCAUUAAUCUGUGCCUUCAUUUUGUUGGUGUGAAAACGGACAGGGAUGUGUGAAAGCUGUUCCACAUGCUGUUCUUAAAAUAACUCAAGAAAAGUUUCAGGUCAACUGCUUCCCUUUCUCCCUCUAUGCCCGGGUUUUCUAUUAGUUCAUUUUUUGUAUUAGUAUGGUCAAAAAAUGACCUUCUAUUAGCCACAAGUAUGUGUCUGUCAAAGACAGUGCUUUGAGAAAAAAUAAGCACCCUGAAUGUUGGGAAUUCAAUUGAUUUAACGCGCAAAAAAGCUCUUAAAGGAUCCUAGUCGUCCUUCGAUUGUUAACUGAAAAUGGGAACGUACUGCAUAUGCAUAAUGCCAAGAGAACUUCACAUUAAAACUGCUGUGAAUCGUCUACUCAAUCGAAAAGCAAACUGAUUUCAUGGUAGUAAAAACAUUUUAAUUUGGUUGCAGACAGUAGAGAGUUUGAAAUACAGAGUGAAAUACUUAGUGUGAUAAUAAAACUGAAGAAGGACUGAAUUCAUGUAAAUCACUGUAAAUGUGCUUUUGUUUUUAUUUUUAUUUUUUCCAUUGAUCUGGUUUCUUUUCAAGUUUUGUACUCAAUGAAACAUUUUUGUGCAGUGUGAUGUGAGCCGCUUCAUUUUGCAGAGUGUAAUGGUAAUGACAUUAUAAGAUGAAGUGAGCCUGAAAAGAUCCAGCUAUUGUACAUUGUUUUUGUCUGUGUAAUUAUAGUAAAGAUACUUAAACAAUACCAGACGGG